GUAAUGACAGUUUGUGCUGCGAAUUCAACUCGAGCAGAUCUCUCCUUUCUGGAUUAUAUACCGACCGCGAGUCUCCACCAACAAAUUAAUCAACUGCAGGAUGAGUAGAUUUAUCAUCACUCUUUUGGCUAUCAUCGCCACAACAUCUGCGAAACCUUAUGUUGUUAGCUAUGCUCCUGGAUAUUAUGGUGGAUUCAUAGCUCCUUCGUAUAGUUACAACUAUCCAUAUUACAAUUAUCCAUACACUCCAGUCACUUAUGUUGAGACACUUCCAAUAGUUAGCGGUCCACCACCAGUAGCUGCAAUUCCAAUUGUUCCAGCGAAAUUAACUGCCAAAAAUUCAGGUGCUCCACCUCCGCCAGCACAGGCAAAAAAAACACCUCAAUCACUACCAGCAAAAGCACCAGCUCCUGGUGCUCCAGCAAAAUUAAUACAAAUUACAAAGACUGAACCAGCACUGCCGGAUUUGCAAGGACUCUUGUCAUCAUUGCCAAUACAACAAAUUUUGGAAUUACCACCAGUUAAGCAAUUAGCUGAGCUGAAAACUAACAAAAUCCAAACUUUAACUGGAUUACAUAGUGCUUUGCAAAAUGCUUUGCAAGAAAAACUUGCACCAAUUGCUGCUUUGUUACCAUAAGUGUUUUUGGAAGGAAUACCUUAUAACCAACUAAGAAGUAAAGUGAAGUUUAGUUUAAGAAUUUUUUUAGUAACAAUAACGAAUAAAAUGUAACGAAAUAAUUGAUUUACAGUUGAACGAAAAUAUUAAGGCUUUGCGUUUCAAAAUGAAAAAAGGAAAAAAAGGAUAUGUCCACAAAAAUAGGCUUUGGUAAAUUUGACUUUCUUAAAUGCUCCGUCUUGGUUGAUAAAAACUUUGUCUUAUCUGUAUUGCCAACUAAAUGGUAUCAAACAAGGCACACAUUUUCACAUCAGUGUCACUGUUGAUAAGUGCAAAUAGUGUUUACGCAGAUUUCUUGCGACAUUUUAGAAAUAUCAAAAAAAUAUGUUUUUGAAAAUAUUAUGAACUUUAUUAAGCGUUAAAGUCGGUGACGGCAGCUGGACAGUCCCUUUAACAUCAAAAAUCGCUUCUGAUGGUGCCAUCAGUCAGUGACUUUUAAAAGUGGCAUUGCCGAACUUUUUUACCACCAAGUUACUGCUCAAAAAGACCAAAAACACUAGAUUUUGAAAGUCCACAUGUUAUCUAACUUUAGCCGAAUUCAAUUUUUGUGACCAUUAUGU